AUGGACAGACAAAACGUGAAAGAGUUAAGUAAGUUACCUUACUGUCGUAUUUUAUUGUUUAGUCCCGUUUGUACCUAAAAAUGAGGCCUCAAAUGUGGUGAGUGUUGACAACGUCCACAGGAUACACGAUGCCAAUGAUCCCGCUCUGCUUUACAACUCUUUAGUAGCUGCUAAACAGACCGUCAGAAUAUCAGCUAACUCAAAGUUAACUGCUUUGGGCAAACAGAUGGAUUUUUUGAUAAAGGUUGGUAACAAGACAUGUUAUAUUUUCAAUACACCUUCAGGAGGCCAACAAGGUUGUUGAGAAAGCAAAGAGAGACGAACAACUUCACAAUGUGCCGUGUAAUCUUAGGAAGAUAGUUGGAAAUGUAUAUUAUCUAUACGAAAAGGAUACUGGAUCCAAGUUCUUUUCGAUGUUAUCACCAGCUGAUUGGGGAGAACAGGCUGCCAAGUUUUUGUAUGUUGGAGCCUACAGACUUGAGGCUGAUCAUGGAUUCACGUGUUUAGAAGGUGAUGAUGCUGCAGAAGACACACAGGAAGAAAACGACAGGUUUAGACAGAUGGUUAAUAGGAUAACAUACUAG